AUGUCGCCUGAGGAUAUAUUGUAUUUGUGCAAUUACGAUGAUCAAGUCCAUACUGAUAAUAUUAGUGUUAAUAAGUUAUGGACAGAGAAAUGGUCAGUAAAUGAAAUAAAUUUGUGCAAAGAUAUAUUAUUGACCGGACUUGAAACAGAAGUUCUGAAAGAUGCAAUAAAAAAACAUCAAAAUGAUAAGAAGGCAAUGGACGACAUACUUUUUGCGUCAGUCAGUUCAUUUUUAACUUUUUGUGAUCGCAAUUGGAGUCCGUACCCAACUGAAUUUGCUGUAGAUACAUUCUAUGGUAUUCCAUGGCCUAAAGACAUUGAUGCCAAUAUUAGGCUGCAGAGAGAUUCCGAGCCAUUGUAUGUUAACAUUUUGCAUUCUGAGCUACUGUAUUACUCGACACAAGUUUUUAAUGCUUUGUGCUGUGCUGAUCAGAGUUUGUUACAUCUGUGGUGGUACUUCAGGAGUAAAGUGGUUCAUCAGAGAGUUCUAGAAGAUACUAGUGCCACAUUAUACUCGGAACUAGAGAUUAUCAUAGCCAAGCUGUCUAACCUUUUAUAUACAAUACAGGACAAGCCAAGACUCCAAAUAUUGCUUUGUUUGGAAAUAGCUCAGGCUUAUUUGAUUUAUGGAAGGAUUCAGAGAGUUGAGGAGUAUCUGAUAAGAGCCAGAGAUCUUGCAGGAUUGAAAUUAGAGUUAACAGGUAUUCUUGGUAAAAGAACAAAGUUUCAGCAAAAUUCUCUACCACAGCUUGCAUUAACCAGUGAGCUUGACUCUGCUGUAGAAAGACCAUCAGCUGAAGAGAGUCAUGGCAAUUCUGAACUACCUCCAGAAAUUGAGUUACAGGAUGAUGUUAGGCUCAAUAAGAUAGAGUAUGCCGAAAAGAUCAGCCAACCUGACCUGCCUAGUUUGGAGCAAGUCUUGUGUUUGUUGACUGUUCAAUACAUAAUGAAGUCUCAACCAAAAGACGCUAUUAUGCUUGAAGAAAUCCAGCCUUAUAUUGAAGCAGUACUUAGUCAAAAGAAAGGUGCUUGGUCCACUAGAGUUGGUGCUCUACUCAUUAGAUGUAAAGUUGAGGCAACACACAAGAGAACAGUAGAGAGAGCCAUGUUGCAGUGUGAGACUAUAGUGAACGAUAAAACCAAUGCUAGUGCUACAACAAGGUUGUCUUAUUUAUGGGCUACUGGUCUACAACCAUCAUGGAUGUGGCGACAACAGCUGGCUGAUCUGUAUCUGAGCCUUGGCCUUGUAAAGGCUGCGCUUGAGGAGUACCAGAAGCUGCAACUCUGGGAGGAUGUUAUUGUCUGUUACACUAUGCUGCAAUUACGACAUAAGGCGGCAGAAGUGAUACAACAACAAAUAGAUGUAAAUCCUACUGUCAAACUCUACUGUUUGUUAGGAGAUGCUACUGAUGAUGUUCAGUACUAUGAAAAAGCGUGGGAGUUCUCCAAUCAUAAAAGUAGUAGAGCCCAAAGACAUUGGGGUAACUUUCUAUUCGACCACAAGAAAUAUGAAGAGUGCAUCCCACAUUAUGAGCAGUCGGUCAAGAUAAAUUCUAUACAGGAGAGUGUGUGGCUACGAUUGGGUUAUGCUGCUCUAAUGUCCGAGAAAUGGGAGCUAUCAGCGAAGGCGUACCGUCGCUACACAUAUUUACAACCAAACACUUUCGAAGCAUGGAACAAUCUCGCUAAAGUGUACGUUCAACAAGGAGAUAAACAGAGAGCAUAUAGAGCACUUAUGGAGGCGUUAAGGUUCAAUUAUGAUAAUUGGAAGUUGUGGGAGAAUGUAAUAAUGGUCAGUAUGAAUACGGGUCACUUCGAAGACGUGAUUCGAGGCUGCCAUCGGAUACUAGACUUGCAGCAUAAAUUAGAAGAUAUUGAAGUGUUAUCCUUAUUAGUGCGCGCUAUCGUCGAGGAUACAAAAGACGCAGAUGGGCAUGGUGCUGGCAGAUUACAGAAAAGAGUACUUGAGUUAUUUGGAAGAAUAACUUCGAUACAUCAGAACAAACCCGAAAUAUGGCAGUUGUAUGCAGACAUAAGUCCUACUUAUUUAUUAAGAGCUCAACGCUUGCAGAAAGCCUAUAAAGGUUAUACACAGAAUGGUAAUUGGCCCACCAACCCAAAUACAUGUAAAGUCAUUAUAGCACUUGCCCAAGAUCUUAUGGAAACUAGUCUAAAAGCUAGGAAAGAAGCUGAAGAAAAAGACAUAACACAAGCCAAUCAACAACUAUCUUCUGCAAGAUUGACUGGCCAAGCCGUCAUAAGGGCUGCUGAAAGACAAGACUGGCCCGAUACCAAGACUAGUCUUGAAACUUUAAAUGAUUUAUUUUCUAAUGUUUCUGAAUAUAUGAAAUCAAUAAUGUAA